AACUAUUUAACCUUCUCGGAACUGUCAAAUUAUUCACCAUAAGCCCUGUACCGCAUAUCAAAACAUCUCUGCUAUUGCACUUGUUUUUAUUGUCGAGGUUUUAAAUGCGCCAGAUAAUUUAAUACACGAGUUUAAUGCGAAUGACACAAAGAUUAAAGUGUAAAUGACAGAGCGCAACGUGCUCAUUUGUGAUCGUCUGCUGCCCCCAGCGGCUGUACGGCGCCAUCGCAGUAGGUUUGACGUGGGGCGUGAUUGCGCGCGCUCGCUCCCCCUCCCCCUUCUCUCCGUCUAUCUGGAAAAAGAAAAAAAAACUUUUUGUAUCGAAGGAAUCAACAGCCGCCAUCUUGUCGCGGCUCGGAGUCAGGAUUUCGAUAGAGCACUAUUUUUUAUAUUUGGACGCGGAGCACCCAAAUCGAGGUUUGACGACAUCCUUCGGCCGAAAAUGACACCUUUGAAUCGACGCGAAGGAAGUUUUGGCGAAAAAUCCUGGAUUUAAUCGGUGUUCGUCGGCCACAAAACCCUCGUAUAUCUGAUUUCCCCUUCAGAGCGGCGCUUGCGUGCGUAUCUCGCUCCGACCAGUUCAUAUUUACCGGACGCUUUUGGAGGACAGACAGCGCCGAGGGGACCAUCUUGCAAAACUAUCUCAUUUUUAUGCACUCGUGCAUUUUCGCGCGGAUCCAAACGGUUUUUUGCACGGAUAAAAUAGACGUCAGAAAAUGGAUCGCGUGCCGAUGCAAAUUUAACGACGCCCGGAUUCCUGUGGAUACUUUCAUAAGGAUUUUAUGUCGAAUUCGUGGAAAGGAGGCGUUUUCUCUCGGUAAUAUAACGAUGGUAAUGUGGGUGUUGGGUGUUGGAUUAUCAUGGGGUGAAUGGUGGUGGCGACGCGGGGCGCUGUUGCUGCUUUUUUGAAGAAAUCCUCCGCCGAGCCGCUCCACACUCCCCACGUCUUUCAAAAGUAAGGUAACAUCUGUUUUCUCCGACGAAAGGAUCCUUCACUUCCACAACCCCCCUCAAAAUACCCGGCCAGGAGCGAUUCUUCAACCAUCGCGAUGGCUGAAAAUGUGCUCGAUGUUGGCCCGCCAAACGCGAAGCGAGCCAAGCUGACAGCACCUGCUCAAGACGCACCAGAGUUGGGCGCACAUUUCUGGGAUGACCUGGAGGAUGAUCUUCCAGAUGAGCUGAUUCCCAAUGGAAGCGACCUGGGACCUAUGUCCAUGCCGUCUAACGGUGGUUCAGGAGGUGGUCACGGCCCCAUGGUACCAGAUGCUGCCGCCAAGCAUAAGCAGCUCUCGGAGCUCCUACGGCCGGGAAGCAGCACCAACCUAAUCGCCAGUCCUCAGCCCGGGGGCAUGGCAGCUCAGCUAGGCGGGCUGGGAAAGAGUACUCUAGGUCAGGGCUCUCCUUCCCAUCCCUCUCAAACACAGAAACAAGGGACACCGGGGGGUAAUGCUGGAUCAGCUGGCAUGGGACUCGGCACAGGAUUUAACCAAGCUAUGCUGAACAGCGGCCAGCCUCACGGCAUGCUGGGACAGAACGCGGGCGCUCAGCAGGGACAAGCUAUGAAUGGAACUCUUGGGUCCGUAGGCCGGGGUCGCGGUGCAGCGGGGACGCAGUACCAGGGUGCUGCUAUGCAAGUGGCACCUUCAGUAGGGGCAACGGGAAGGGGAGCAGCAGGCAGCGUCCUGGCAGAAACUCUCUCGCAAGGGGCACAGCAGAUGAGCAUCAACGCUCAGCAGGCUGGCAACAUAACAAAGAUGGGCAUGGCAGGUGGCAAUAGUCAGUUCGGUCAGUAUCAGGGCGGAGGGCAACAAAUGGGUACUGCUGGAGUAAAUGCUCAGCUACAGAAUAAAGGCGCCCUGCCCAACAGUUUGCCACCUUUCCCAACUGACCUCAAAGGAGCAGCAGUCACCAGCGUGCCAAACAUGCCCCAGCAGCAGCAGCAGCAGGUGCCGGUCGGAGUUGUAGCAGGUCAGGGUGUGUCCGCAGGCCCCACGGCUGACCCGGAGAAGCGCAAGCUGAUCCAGCAGCAGCUGGUUCUGCUGCUCCACGCCCACAAGUGCCAGCGGCGCGAGCAGGCCAACGGCGAGGUGAGAGCUUGCUCGCUGCCCCACUGCAGGACCAUGAAGAAUGUUCUCAACCACAUGACACACUGCCAGGCUGGCAAAUCCUGCCAAGUGGCUCACUGUGCUUCAUCGAGGCAGAUCAUCUCUCACUGGAAGAACUGCACGAGACAUGACUGUCCUGUCUGCCUCCCACUGAAGAACGCCAAUGACAGGCGCAACCAGCAACCUAUGCUGAGUUCGCCCAACGCUGGUCUGCAGACCUCCAUCGGGUCAGUCGGCACGGGCCAGCAGACGACGCCCGCUCUAAACAGCUCCACACCCAUCGACCCCAGCUCCAUGCAGCGGGCGUAUGCCGCCCUCGGCCUCCCCUACAGCAGCCAAACCCCCACGCAAGCCCAGUCUCCCUCACAGACACAGGGUGCAGGGCAGACCCAGCAGCAGAUGAGACCGCUCAAUGCACUCGGUGGUGGUCAAAUGAACCUGAGCGGAAGUGCAAUCGGCGUGCCGACAUCAGACCAGGCCAAGCUGCUCUCGGAUGGCACAAUGUCGUCCACCCUCAACGCUAACAAUCAGCUGAUGUCAGACAUUCCCGCUAUGGGCAAUAUGAGUAAUCUGCCCACGGCGGCACCGCUGUCAGCUACCGGCGUGAGGAAGGCCUGGCACGAGCACGUCACCCAGGACCUCCGGAAUCACCUUGUACACAAACUGGUUCAGGCCAUCUUCCCUACGCCGGAUCCAGCUGCUCUAAAGGACCGCCGAAUGGAAAAUUUAGUAGCGUAUGCACGGAAAGUGGAAGGGGAUAUGUACGAGUCUGCUAACAGUAGGGACGAGUACUAUCACUUCCUGGCUGAGAAGAUCUAUAAGAUCCAGAAAGAGCUGGAGGAGAAGAGAAGGUCACGGUUACAGAGGCAGAUUAUUAACCAAACGCCCAUGACGGCAGCGGGGCAACAGCCACAGGCCCUCAACCAGCCUAAUGUCAUGGGACCUCGGCCACAGAAUGGACCUGUGCCUAUGCCCAAUGUGCCAAAUCAGAUCAUGAAUCGCAUGCCGGUGUCACAAGGGAUGAAUCCAUUCAAUGCAAUGCCCAAUGUGCCGAUGUCUCAGGCUCCCAUGGCAACCCGUGCUGCUUCUCCAAUAAACCAUCCACAACAGAUUAACAUGAACCAAGCCCCAACGAUGAAUAUGUCACCCACACGAAUGCCCCAGACGCAAGGCAUGCUGGGAACUCACGGUGGGACGCAGUUCGUGGCUCAGACACAGUUUCCCGCCAACACCAACGCCAUGAAUGUCAACAUGGGCCAGCCCAACACGCAGCAGGCUGUUUCACAGCAGAACGCUAACCUACCCCUGAAUGCACUUGGCCCCUUGGGCUCCCAACUAGGCUGCCCCGCGCCCCCUCAGGGUCCACUCCGCGCCACACCGCCCCCCAACACCACCGUCAACACCACUAACUUGCCAGCAGCACUGCAGCCCAAUCGGACCUCCACACCCAACCCUGCUCAUGGCACCCCGCCUCAUACGCAGCCCCAGGCGGAGCUGCCAUUAGCCACCCAGCAGCACCCCGGAACACCGAGCGGUGAUAACCGUGUACCCACCCCAGCAUCAGCAGGCAGCUCCGACCUGCACUCCCAGCAUCCAGUGCCUGACGUGCCUCCCAGCGAAAUGAAAACAGAGGAGCAGGAUUACGACAUGGGCAUCAAAACAGAGCCUAAGAUGGAGACCGAGGAUGACACGGGCUCCAUGUUGGUCAAGAAAGAGGAGCAAGACGGGUCGGAGGCCAAGAAGGAGCCGAUGGAAACGGAGGAUAAGAAGACUGAUAGUAAAGCGGAGACCAAAGAGGAAGAUGAAAGCAGGACAAACGGCACAACGUCCUCUUCACCAUCGCAGUCGCGGAGGAAAAUCUUUAAGCCAGAAGAGCUGCGGCAGGCAUUGAUGCCCACCCUUGAGUCUCUGUACAGACAAGAUCCCGAGUCUUUGCCAUUCCGGCAGCCUGUGGACCCCCUUCUUCUUGGCAUCCCAGAUUACUUUGAUAUCGUGAAGAACCCGAUAGACCUGUCGACUAUCAAACGAAAGCUGGACACGGGUCAGUACCAGGAGCCCUGGCAGUACGUAGAGGAUGUAUGGCUGAUGUUCAGCAAUGCUUGGUUGUACAAUAGGAAGACGUCACGUGUGUACAAAUACUGCUCCAAACUUGCUGAGGUGUUCGAGCAGGAGAUAGACCCCGUCAUGCAGGGCCUCGGUUACUGUUGUGGAAGGAAGUACGAGUUUUCUCCUCAGACGCUAUGCUGCUACGGCAAGCAAUUAUGUACAAUACCACGAGACGGCACUUAUUACAGCUAUCAGAACAGGUAUCAUUUCUGCGAGAAGUGCUUCAAUGAGAUUCAGGGAGAUAGCGUGACGCUGGGAGACGAUCCUGCUCAGCCGCAGACUAUGAUUUCUAAAGACCAGUUUGAAAGGAAGAAGAACGACACAUUAGAUCCAGAGCCGUUUGUUGAAUGUAAAGAUUGUGGGCGGAAGAUGCAUCAGAUAUGUGUCCUGCAUUAUGAAGUUAUCUGGCCUUCUGGUUUCAUCUGUGAAAAUUGUUUAAAAAAGAGUGGGAAGUCAAGAAAAGAGAACAAAUUUUCAGCCAAAAGGUUGCAAUCGACAAGGUUGGGCAUGUACAUAGAGGAUCGGGUGAACAAGUACUUGAAAAGGCAGAAUCAUCUGGAAGCCGGAGAAGUGUUCGUGCGAGUAGUAGCCAGUUCGGACAAAACGGUGGAGGUCAAACCCGGCAUGAAGGCCAGGUUUGUAGACACAGGAGAGAUGCUUGAGAGCUUCCCCUACAGAACCAAAGCACUUUUUGCAUUUGAGGAGAUUGACGGAGUGGACGUGUGUUUCUUCGGCAUGCACGUGCAAGAGUACGGAUCUGAAUGCUCUUUCCCCAACACCAGACGGGUAUACGUAUCGUACCUCGAUAGUAUUCACUUCUUCAAACCUCGCAUACUGAGAACAGCAGUCUAUCACGAAAUCCUCAUUGGCUAUUUGGAAUACGUCAAGAAGCUUGGGUACGUUACGGCUCACAUCUGGGCGUGUCCGCCUAGUGAAGGUGAUGACUAUAUCUUCCAUUGUCAUCCGGCCGAUCAGAAGAUCCCUAAACCCAAGCGCCUGCAGGAAUGGUACCGUAAAAUGCUGGACAAGGCCUAUGCUGAGCGGAUACUCCAUGACUAUAAGGACAUCUUCAAGCAAGCCACAGAGGACCGUUUGACGAGUGCAAACGAGCUUCCAUAUUUCGAGGGGGACUUUUGGCCCAAUGUGCUGGAGGAGAGCAUCAAGGAGCUGGAACAGGAGGAAGAGGAGAGAAAGAAAGAGGAGAACACCGCAGUAUGCGAAACACCUGAGUUUCAUUCUUUCCAAAAGGGCACGCCAGGGGACAGUAAGAACGCGAAGAAGAAGAAUAACAAGAAAACGAAUAAAAAUAAAAGCAGCCUGAGCCGAGCCAAUAAGAAGAAGCCUGGGAUGCCGAAUGUAGCCAAUGACCUUUCUCAGAAACUUUAUGCUGCCAUGGAGAAACACAAAGAGGUGUUUUUUGUAAUCCAUCUGCACUCUGGGCCCAUGGUUAACACACUACCACCCAUCAUUGACUCCGAUCCCUUCCUUACUUGUGACCUAAUGGACGGACGUGAUGCCUUCCUGACGUUAGCACGAGACAAACACUGGGAGUUUAGCUCUCUGCGGCGUUGCAAGUGGAGCACCAUGUGCAUGCUGGUGGAAUUGCACAACCAGGGCCAGGACCGCUUUGUCUACACCUGCAACGAAUGUAAACACCACGUUGAAACGCGCUGGCACUGCACUGUCUGCGAGGACUUUGACUUGUGCAUUAGCUGCUACAACACUAAGCGUCAUGAGCACCAGAUGGUUAAGUGGGGUCUGGGUCUUGACGACGACAGCAACAGCCAAAGCGGUGAAGCCUCCAAGAGUCCGCAGGAGAGUCGGCGUCUAAGCAUCCAGCGCUGCAUCCAGUCUCUGGUUCACGCCUGUCAGUGCCGCAAUGCCAACUGCUCCCUGCCAUCUUGCCAGAAGAUGAAGCGAGUGGUCCAGCACACCAAGGGCUGCAAGCGCAAGACGAACGGCGGCUGUCCAGUGUGCAAGCAGCUUAUCGCCCUCUGCUGCUACCACGCCAAGCACUGCCAGGAGAACAAGUGCCCCGUGCCCUUCUGCCUCAACAUCAAGCACAAAUUGCGUCAGCAGCAGCUGCAGCAUAGACUGCAGCAGGCACAGAUGAUGCGAAGACGCAUGGCCACUAUGCAGGGGCGAGCCAUGCCUCAGAGUCUGCCGUCGCCCCCUGCCUCCACAGCCCCAAGCACGCCCAACUCCCAUCAGCCACCCAACACCCCCCAAACCCCACAGCCGCUAUCCAAUCAGCCAGCCACACCUAAUGCGGGCGUCAUGUCCCCUGCCUAUCCCAAUGUGCCCCGCAACGGCCAGCCGCCACCACAAGCCUCGCAGGGCAAACCUGGCCCACAAGCUUCCCCGCUUCACCAGCAGCAGUCUCCACUUCCCCAUCCUCCUCAACAACAUCCACAGCAGCAGGCCCCGCCCCCAGCUGCGGUAAGAAUGGCGCAGCACAUAGAAAUGGUCGCACAGGCUCAACACAACCGCAUGGCUAUGAAUGGCCUUCCCAUAAACCAUCAACAGCCACGCAUGCCAGGCCCCAUGCAGCCUGCUAUUGUUGGGCCACGUGGGCAGCAAGUCAUGCAGCCUAUGCUACAAGGGCAGUGGGCCGGAGGCCCUCAGGCAGGUAUGCAGGUGACUCAGCAGCCGGUUGCUCCGCAGCAGGCCGCACAAGGGCCACAACAGACCAUCCCCAUGCAGAGACCCAUGAUGCCCCAGCAAGCAGCGCAGCAACGCAUGAUGGUGCCAACACAGGGCCAGCAACCUCGAGCGACCCAGAGACCUGGAGCCAUCGCCCCAAAUGCCUUGCAGGAUCUGCUACGCACCCUCAAGUCACCUAGCUCACCCCAGCAGCAACAGCAGGUCCUGAACAUCCUCAAAUCCAAUCCACAACUUAUGGCUGCUUUUAUCAAACAAAGGACAGCAAAAUAUGCCAAUCAGCCGCAGCAGCAGCAACCAGGCAUGCACGCAGCACAGCCUGCGAUGCAGGGCAUGGCAACCAUGCAAGGGGUUCCGCGGCCUGGCAUGGCCCCUCAACAACAACAACAGCAGCAGCCCACGCCGCAGGGUGCUCAGAACCAGCUUAUAAAUCCUGCACUCGCUAACAACCCGCAGCUACAGGAGCUGUAUCGCCGGCAGAUUUUGCGACAGCAGCAGCAGCAACAACAACAACAACAGCAGCAGCAACAGCAGCAGCAACAACAACAACAACAGCAGCAGCAGCAGGGAGUGAUGCAACAGGCACACGGGCAGUUCCCGCAGGCACAAGGAGCUGCAACCAAUUACUCGCAACUUCGGAUUCAGCAACAGCAGCAGUUGGCCAUGCAGGGUCAGCUGCCCUCCAUGGCCCAGAUGGGGCAGGCCGGGUUGGGUAUGGAAAGCACACCCAAUCUCCUGCAUCAACGCAUGCUUCAGCAGCAGCAGCUUCCACAACAGCAGGCCGUGCUUAAGUCUCCCAUGAGCUCACCGGCACAACAGAGUCCCAUGAGCCCAUCAGCUCACCUGCUUUCGGGCCAGCCGCAGGGCGCGCACCUGUCAGGCCAGCCAAUGGCUAACGCACUCGGCAGUCAGGUGUGCUCGCCUGCCCCCGUACAGUCACCCAGACCUCCCUCCCAGCAACCGCCUCCACAUUCCAGUCCUUCCUCACAUGUUCAGCCGCAGCCGUCACCACAGCACGCACCACCUCACACAGGAGGACCCCACACGAGUCUGGCGACCCCUAUGCCUGGCUCAUUGGAGCAGGGACACCUGGGUACACCCGAGCAGAGUGCCAUGCUUCCACAGCUUAAUACGCCCAAUCACAGAGGGCUGCCCGGUGACUUAAGUAUGGUGGGAGAUGCGACGGGAGACACGCUGGAGAAAUUUGUGGAGCGAUUGUAGCGUUAUCUGGGAGACUCCACCCAACACAGUCUCCCAGUUCCUCUUUUUCGUGGCUCUGGAUUUUCUCGUAAUAUUCUCGAUUUUUGUACUGACAUGUAAAGUUUGAAGAAAAAAAUUUCGACAAGGAUAGGGAAUGUUGAUGUUUCCUAAAAUAAGACUCAUAUUUCUUCCUUUAAGAGGGAUUCGAAAAAUGUUGUUUAAAAGAAAUAUAAAUCGCAAAGAAUAUAUUUUUUGUUCAGUUUAGACCCGUAUGCGGUCGAUGUAAUGUUUUAAAGUUUUGCUUUUGUGCUUUGUUUUUGGGGGCGGGUCUGGUUUCAAGCCUUUUUUAAGAAAUUUUACAAAACUUCAUUAUAUCAUUCAUACCUUUUAUUUUAUACCUUAUCUAACUUGACAACAAUUUUGUUUUGGAAGACUGUAAAAUAAUUUGUCUGGGAAUUUGGAUCAGGGUUUCUCUGCUCUGUCGGUCAUACUUCCUAGCAAUUGUAUUCUAGUGUUGUACCAUUUUUUCCAAACAUGCAUUCGGAGGCAUCCCCUCCAGUCCUCAUUGUGAAGUUUGUAUGAGGAGAUCAGUUGUUUUGUAUCGAUAGGAACUGCAUACGCAUGUAUGCAGACACACACACGCAUCGUUCAAUACUAUACCGACCCCAAUAGGACAUGUAAACAUUGGCCUGAAUUCAGAGGUUCUGUCUUGCAGACGUAGAAAAUUGUUGCUUUUUGUCCUAAUUUUGUCAUACAGAUAUAUAAAUAUAAAGAAAGCUAGAGAAAGAGAGAGAGAUUGAGGAAGAAAGGGGCCCCUAAGCUGAGUGGGAGGGAAUGGGUGAUUGCUGGUUGACAGCUUGUUGAAAUACAGAAUGAGCUUUGCUAUUGACCCUCAUUCCUCUCACACAAACUUGAACAGGGGCUCCACUAUUUCCUUAAAUGUAAAUCAUGCAAGUUAUUAAGCAAAUUACUAUAAAUAUAAGGAAGAGAAUGGAAUCACUGUAUAAACUGGUUGAAAAAAAACUUAUUUCUUACUUGUAUACCAUAUUGUUAAAAUAAACUGUGUGCGACAGAA